GUCCCGCGGUCCUGGCUCCGUGGGUCCCGUCGGAUUGGACCUGGGCGCUGGAGCUACUGUGGCUCCCGCCACGGCGGGUGCGAUGGAGACCGUGCCGGCGCCCAGCACUCAUGCCGGGGGAGGCCAGGACAGCCGACGGUGCUUGUAGAUGAGGCGGCGGCGGCAGCAGCCGGGGCUCUCCAUGAGCAAGCGGCGGCGGCGACGGGUGCGGCGGCACCGGCGGUUUUCGGUCCCCGGGGAGGAUGAAGACACUGUUUGAAGAGAUCAAAGCAUCAAUUAAAAAUAACUACAACCAAGAUCGAUCAUUUUGGAGGCCUGUUCUUCCUUGGGGAGGUGUUUUUACUAUCAAAGCUGGCCGCAAAGCAGUGUCCUGUACACCACUCUAUGUUGAAAUAAGACUGAAAAAUACUUGCACCAUAGAUGGAUUUUUGAUGUUGUUAUAUGUCAUUCUUAAUGAAAAUGAAAAUUUCCCCAGGGAACUCUCUCUUCACUUUGGGAGAGAGUUUGUAGACUGUUUUCUUUAUUUAAUGGACACCUACAGUUUUACAACUGUGAAGCUGCUUUGGAUUUGGGACAAGAUGGAAAAACAGCAAUACAAAUCUGAAGUUCAUAAAGCUUCAUUAAUAAUUGAUCUGUUUGGGAAUGAACAUGAUAACUUUACAAAAAAUCUCGAAAAUCUUAUGUCCACCAUUCAAGAGAGUUACUGUUCCAACUGGCGAUGCCCAACUCGAGUACAGGAAGAUCAGCAGCGCACAAUUAAUAUAAAUCCACCCCAAGAAAUUCCACAUGGAAACUUGAUACGCCUGGCUGUGGAUGAGUUAUUCUGUUCCAAGAUUGAACUCUGUGAAGAACGCGGGUGUAGCGGCUUAAGAGAAUUUUCCCAGCGAGUUUUUUGCCACGGGGCACCCCCUUUUGUUGUCUUAAAUAUGCAGCAUUGGAAAUCUGAAGAUCUGGCAUAUGUCCCCUACUACUUGGAUUUAUCUGAUCACAAGUAUUUGUUGGAAGGUGCCACAUUAUUUAACAAAGAAGAACAUCAUUAUUCUGCAGCUUUCCAGAUUGAUGGACAUUGGAUGCACUAUGAUGGCCUCAGAAAUGUGAAUUUAAUUUUGUUAAAUAAACCCCCCGAGUUUCUCCUCUUGUCAUCAUUGGUUUAUAUUCGAGCAGCAGAGAAAUAAAUACAGACUGAUGCUAAAUCACAUUGUUUUCCCUCCUGCCCAUGCUCCCCCGGAUGAGGGGCUUUAUUUUGUGUGUACUUGGCAUCCAAGGGAACAGUUCAACUACAGUAGUUGCAGAGGUAUGUUUUUAUUGUUUAGUCCCAGGUAAAUGUUUUAUAUAUUGGAUCUAUGCAAAAGUGUUUGUAUUUCUUUUUUAUAUUUCCUGGAUUAUUUUUAUAUAAGCAUAUUUUGUGUUGAAAUAAAAUAUAUCUUGUG